CUUAUGGCGAACUUUCAUUCAUGGUGGCGAGCUUUUGACGCUGCCAUUGAAUUUUGUUUCUUCUUUUUGCAGCGCAAACAAAAACAAAAGUUGGCGUCAACGUCGACGUCGCCGGCAAACGCAAGCUUACGAGUAUCUGUAUGACUGCUCUCUGUGCGCGUGUGUGUGUGUGUUGUGUGUGCGAACAUGUUAGUGCCAGCGCCAGUUCGGACCAAAGCUCCCAGUACACGAAUGGCGUACAAACUGUUUGGACGUGUUUGCUGCUCGCUGGCGACGUCGCGCGUCGAGUUCGCAUUUUAAUUCUUAGUGCAGCGUUGUAAAUAUUCAAGCGGCGCUUCGACUGGCGCUGACGAAUAUUUGUUUCUGUGUGCGUGUCUAUCUUCUUGUUAUUGCACGCGCAGAGUGCCAUAAAGCAACAAACAAAAAUGCUAAAUAAUAACAACAAAAACCGCAAAAUAAUUCCGAGAGCGACAGUGAAAAUAAUUGUAAUUUGUUGAUUUAUGCGGCGGCAGCGGUCGACGCUGAUGUCGCCGAAUGCUAAGGCGUGCGUGAGAGUGUGUGUGUGCAAAAAUUACAAAUAAAGAAGCAUUGAUAGGCUGAGCCAGCGAAAUACAAACAUAAAGCGGAAAUGCAAAAAACACAACAAAGAUUGAAAGGACAAAGAAGAGUCGUGACAGCGUGCACAUAAACAAUGUAAAUGUGUGCGUGUGUGUGUGUGCAUAAAAUGCAAGUAACAAUAAGACGAUGCACUUAAGAAGAACAUUCAAAAGUAACGCAGUAAUUGAAGACAACGAGCAGGAAAUCGAGUUCUUUAUAAAAAUACAACCAAAAAAGAGAUAAUAGCGAUUGCGAUUGAGUUUGCGGUUAGCUAACCGAAACUGGAAAAACCAACGGAAAUUAACGCCAGAUUGCAAUGUUUUUGUUUUACAAUCGACGCAUUUUUGUCAUUAUAAUAAUUAAAAUUCUGCUGCUGCUGCUGAGCGAUGACAAUGGACAACCAACGCUGACCAAGUUGCCGACAACAGUUGCUGCCGCCACACAAUCGAAAAACUCAACAAUAUUGAAGCCGUAUCUACAGAUCAAGAAGCACGCCGUCACAAGGCUGGCCAUAACCAAUCCACAUGCAACCUAUUUACUGCAAUGCAAUCCCAUCAUAUAUCCCUAUGACUACUAUCAGGACGGCCUUCCUAUAUACUGCAGCUGGUACCGCAACGAUGAGGCCAUUGAACACCUGACCAUACGCAAGAAUGAGUUCUUCAUCUAUAAGAAUGGAACGCUGCGUCUGCCGCCCAAUGAGCGCGCCAACGGCGUUUAUCACUGUCUAAUUGAGUCGGAUGAGAUGAAAGUUAUAUCCGACAGCAUUACGGUCGAAUAUCCAGUGCUGAAACGUUUGAUUGUUGGCCAGCAGCAGAGCGCCAACAUAAGCGGUCUGGAGCAGCGGCCCCUUGUGCUCAGCUGUCCCUUUUUCAGCGUGCCCGCCGCACGCGUCAGCUGGUACUUUGGCAACGAGUCCCUGGCGAAUGACAGCAGCGCUUUUGUUUUAAACAACGGCACGCUUUUACUGCGACAACUGCGACUGGAACAGGCUGGCAGAUACAAAUGCGUGGCCCAGAACCAGUAUGCCAGCAGGAGCCACCGUCAGUUCGUGUGGCAGGUGCGUGUCGAGCCGCAUGGCAGCGGGCUGCUGGGUGCGACGGCAACGCAACUGUUGCCCGCCUUCCAGAAUGCCACACUGUAUGUGGCCACUGGUGGCACAUUGCGGCUGCAGUGCCACGCCGUGGAGGACUAUGUACCCAUCGAGUGGUGGCUGCAGCAUCCGAACAACUCCUUGUCCCAGCUCAGCAACAACAGCAUGACGCUGGAAAUAUCGAAUGUCAGCAUGGCCCGGCAUGAGGGCUACUUCAUGUGCACCACCCCCACCGACAGGCAAACGUUUCGCGUCGUGGUUACCGUACCGCCGAGAAUAGUUAGCACGCUGCCCGUGGAGCUGGGCUUUAUCAGUCUGUCGACAACGCUCAGGUGUCGCGCCGAGGGUAAUCCACGGCCCAGUCUAAGCUGGUACCACAAUGGAGCACCGCUCAACAGUUCCUACACACGCUACAUCAGCGGCAACGAGCUGCACAUACACUCGUUCGAUCCGGAGGAGGGGGGCAUAUAUCAGUGCUUUGCGCGCAACGUGGCUGGCGAGGAUUCAGUCACCGGCGAGAUGCGCUUCAAGCGCCAGACGGAAGAGCCGAAUCCUCUGCAGAAUAUACGCUGCUAUCCGCACAGCUUUCACACCAUUAAUGUCACCUUUGACAGCCGCACCCUGGAGUCCAUGUUCGUGGUGCACAUUGUGCGCAGCAAUCCGCAUCAGUGGAGCUCGUUUGCGCCCAUGAAACUUAAUCAUACCUCGUUCGUGGUGAUCUCAACCGGCCUGCCCAUCUAUCGUCCCUUUGCGCUGAUCACGCGCUUUCUCCUGCCCACCUCGGAGGUGCUUUCCGGCAGCAUAGUGCCCCAGCAGAUGAUGAUUAGUUCGCUCCGAAGUCCGGCCGUCGUUUGCUGCACCCAAGGCUUGCUGCUGCGGCUGGUGCAUCUGGGGAACGACACCUUUGUAAAGUGGUCGCAGGCGGAGUUGGACAACAAAAAGUACUUCAUACUGCAGUUCUCCAUCAAUCACACUCAUCCGCAUCCCGCCCAGCUGCUGGACGGACCACUUCAUGGCACCGUUACGUCCGUGGAGGAGAAGGCGGACGAGGUGCGUCGCCAGCUAACCAUCAUACGGCCCCUCAAUCAGUCAGCUGCUGCCACAGUGCUGCGCAAUGCGGAGCAUGAGGUGCUGGACAACGAGGUGGACGAUGUCACGCUCGAAAUGGAGGAGGACAUCUUCAGCUUGGUGGUGGACGCCAAUGUCACAGGUCUGCUUUUGCAGCACUUUAGUCGCAUCAAGAUGCGCGUCCUCAUCAUCACCAGCGAGAACGAGUACCUCGCCCAGGACUUUCGCUAUGUACAGUGGAAGAUUAUCGAGAACGGCACAUCCGAUCAGUCGAACAUGUCCUUUCGCCUGAUUACCGUGGAGUCGCGCAUGCUGGCCUUUCAGUUCUUGGACAGCCUCAACGACACCUGCGUCUACGAGUGCCACCUGCACGUCCAGUUGUCGCUGCGCAAACAGGAGCCCAAAUGCAAGGAACGCACCAUUGUCAACUCGAUGCUGCUUGUCAGCGGCCUCAGCGCCAAUGAGCGCUACAAUUUCCAUUUUUACAAUUGCAAGCCACAAAUCUUCUACGGCGAAAUGGACGUGCAGACGCUGCCCGACCCACCCGGCACCAUCAGCAAUUCAGGUCUGGUUAAACACAAUGGCCUCAAGCUCGUGUGGGAGCCACCAGAGCAUCCCAAUGGACGUGUCCAUCACUAUAAUAUACUCUGGACUUUGGGCAAUGUCACGCACGAAGCAAAUGUACUAGAGUGUCGCACCUGCUCCUAUAAGUUUCCCAACGUUUCGGAAACGGACAAGAUUCAUGUGGCCGUGCGCGUUGUUGGUGAAACGGGCGUCGGAGCGCCCAUGUUCUUUGACCUGGUCAAUCAUCAUCAUCAUAUUUUAGAAACGGUGGAAAACAACUCGAAUCAUGAGGUUUACAGCGGCAUCGCCAUCGGCUCGCUGCUGUCCACUCUUUGCGUUUUUUGCUUUGCGCUGUUCAUCAUAUUUCAGAGACGCCGGUUUAAGGCACGCGCCCAGGGCCCCACGCACUUGACCACGCCGACGGACAUCAAUUUCGGCAAUCUGAGCAGUGCCUCGGGCAUGCCCGGCGACAGCGCUGGCGGGCUGAGCGGCAGCACACUGCAGCAGGACUGUCACGAGAUGCAAACGCUGAUACCACGCUCCCGCUAUCACAUCGAGCUGCUGCCAGAGCACACGCUGGAGUAUCAGACGAGCACAGCGACUGCCGGCGCAACGUUGCCCAAUGGCAAUGGAAACGGUCCGAUGACGCGGCGUGCGGAGCAGGAGGCACAGCUGGAGCUGAGCAUUGCGGGCGUGCACAAUCUGUCACAGUUGCCCCUCUGCGCCAAUUCGCCGGAGCGCAAAACCGUGCAGGAUGCCAUGCUCCAGGAGGCCAAGGCCUUCUUCAUACCCUAUCGCCAUACGCCGCCCAACACAGUGGCCAUGCAGGCAGCCGGCAACAGCAACUCCAGCUCCAAUGCCAAUCACAAGCAAAGUUCCUCCAAGAACAGCGAUGGUGGCCUGGAGGUAGUUGUGCCGCCCAACUCGCUGCCGCUGGUGGCCACAGUGCCGGGCCUGGGCAAUGUGAGCAGCCGACGCAGCGGCAGCCUGAGCAGCAGCAGCGCCAGCAGCAGCAGCAGCGCCAGCAAAAAGCAAUUCCAUACAAAUUUCGCGCGACACUCGAAUUCCAAUGAUGGCAUCUGCCUGCUGGCCGAAGAGGAGUCGGCGGCGACGCUGACGCCAACGUCGGAGCACGAGUACGCGGGUGUUAGUCUCACCAAUGGCUUCAAGCUGCCCGCCGACAUGACAAAGCAAAUGCCAACUAAAAGCCAAUACAGCAACAACAACAACAGUAGCAACAGCAGCAGCAGCAGUGGCAGCAAAAAGAAGCCAGCUGUUGUCCAGCUAAAGGAUCGCGAACAGCAGCAGCAGCCGCCGCCGCCGCAGCUACAGCAUCCGCAUUCAUCCAUAGUUCCUGCCAACGGGCCACAGACGCAAUCUGUGGGCGUUAAAAGCAAAAAGACGACGGCAAUGGCCAAACAGGCGUGGCCAGCGUCCACGGCUCUGCAUCGUCGUACCCAAGUUGAUCCAAAUGGCUGAGUCUGAGUCUGAGUUGUUGCCAUUGUUGUCGUCGCCUCGCCAAGUAAAAGUAUUCCAUGAAGCUACUACAACACAAACACAGAAGCACACACACACACACACAUGGACACAUACACACAGACACAUUCGCAGCUCGAAACAUUCCAAACAUUGUGGGAUCCCUAUACAUUUGCAUUAGUUGAGCAUAAGGAUACAUAAGUAUAUGCCUAGUUAUAUGAAGUACAUUUUAUAAAUGUAUUUAGCUUCGAGAACCGAACAUGAACUAUCUGAGAAUAUGAGUAUACAAGAAUAUGAGGAAAUAAGCAGCAUAUUUAUAUACACAUAUACAUACAUACAUUAACACAUAUUUACACUAAUUUUAAGCACAUUUUUUACAUGUUUAGUUUUUGUUUGUUUUCUUUCGUUUAUUGAGGCUCAUAAUAAUAAUUAUAAAUAUAUUAUUAUUUGUAGUAUAUUUAAAAUCAUAUGAAUUAAUCAAACUGACGUAAUAUUCAAUUACAAACAAACAUAGCCAAAAACCUCAAAUGCAAUAGCCCAGCUCACACACACACACACACACAACAUGCAACCACAAUAGUCACAAGUGUUCAUAUCGAUUUACUGCAAAUAUUUAUUUGCAUAAAUAUUUAAGCUUAAUAUAUAAUUUUCGCAUUUUAAUUGCUGCAUUUUGUGUUUUGUUUGUAUAUUUUCUUUUUAUUUUUAAUUUUUGUUUAACCGAUAUAUCAAAUGUACCUGAUUAUAUUCAUUUUGCAUUUUGUUAAGCGCUCAUUUCCAGCACCAAAACAUAAAUAAACACGCAUAUUGCAUUUCAAUUUUAAUUAAACAGACCUUUUGUUUAUGCCUAACACGCAUUUCAAAUGUACCGCAGCCGUAUUGUACGAGUCUAUCCCAAUUACCGACUGUACCUAGUUUGUACAAACAACAAAACCUCUAGCUAUGUCACACAAAUACACUCACACACACACCCCCACAUCUACACACACACACACGCACAGAACAUUAAAUAUUCUAUUCCUACGAGCAUUGCAAUUAAUAUAAGAAGUAUUUGACAUUGAGAGCAGCAUUUAAAAUUGGCUCAUCUAUGAUAGUUUGUUGUGAAUUGGUGUUCAAUGUUCAAAACGAGAUGCAAAAAUUGUUAUGAAUUAUAUAGAUAAACUCACACACACACACACACCUACAGAGAGACAUUCCAUUUUCAUAGACAUAUAAAAUAGUAACAUGCAUAAAAUAUUAUAAUUGAAUGAAACCCAAAAAACCAAUUAGAGAGAAAACGUUAAAUAAAAUACGCAAAUUCAAAUAAACAAUAUAUGUAUGUACCGUUCAAUAAUAGAAGAAUGCGUUUAAUAACUGUAACUGUAUACGUAUUUAGACCUAAGUGCAAUAACACACAUAUAUAAAACCUAAACGAACCCGUGAACUUAAAACCAACCAAACAAAACUUAACAAAAAUUACAAACAAUAGUACCUUUCCAAUGAAAAUUAGAAUGCAUAUAGACAGUAAAUAAAUUUAAAUAUGCGGCUUACUGAAUGGUAUAUGUGCUUCUUUAUAAAAACAAAUUAAAAUAAAAAACAAGCUAACAAGCUUACUGCAAAUACCGUCUUGAAGCACAUACACACACACACACAGACCAUAAUACGCAGCCAAUAUUAUUAACCAAUCUGAUUUGUGUUCAUAUUAAAAUAAGCCACAGAAUUUCCAUUUCAACUGCAUUUGGAAUCAACUGAUAGAAAAUAGUCUUAGCUCAUAUAAAGUUUUCCAGGUGUUCCAUCAAAAUAUAUAAAAUUAAAAUAGAUAAACAAAAAUUAUUGCAAGCUCAGUAAAUAGAAAUUCUAAAAAAAAAUAAUUUUUGAUGAACGCAAAAAAAUCGCAUUCAAUUCAUACAUAACAAAUAUUCCGUAACUGAACUCGAAAUUCCUAAAGAAAAAGAAAGAAAAUUUUAAACAAAAGUUAAAUUUAAAAAAAAUCUAUAUAUAUUAUGCAGCAAAAGGCAAAAGAUUUAUGUAAUUAAAACAAUAUAUAAAAUUAGCUUUUAAGAAAUACUUAUUAAACAACAAAAUAUAAAGGAGAAAGAAAUUGGUAAGAAAGAGAAAUUAAGAGAAAAAUAAUAAUAACUGCGAUUGUGAUCGCUGUGUAAGUGGAUGUGAUAAAUGUUUAAAUUAUUUAAGCGCGAAAACAAUAAAACAAAAAUGAAAUGAGUUAUUCGAUGAAAAUGCAUGAAAAUGCGAAUUGCGACUUUUGCAUAGGUUUUGGCUAAAAACAAACCAAUCAAUAUAUGAAGAGUCCAUUUAAAUUGUAAGCAAAUUUUGUUCUUAACUCUUUUUGUAAUGCUGAUCCUAAUCAUUAUUUUAACUAAGCAUGUUUCGUACGUAAUUUUAGUUUGGGUUUUAAGUCCUCAUUCUGUAUACCUCAUUAGUAGAGUGGAAAUUAAACUUUAACUAAAUUAUAAACAUAUAUACUUAGUUGUUUUCCCCCCGUCUGUAACAUGUUUAUUGCUAAAUUGCUUAAAAGCUGAACAGAAAUCGAUCGAAAGAUAUAAACUAAAAGAAAUCUAAUGUAUUUUUUAUGUAAUUUAUAUACAUUGUAUAUGCUACAGAAAUAUUAUUGUACUGUAUUUAGAGACUAAGCUAUAUAUAUAUACAUACUAUAUAUAUAUAUAUGUAGAAUUGUGUUAAAGUUUUCGGUGCAAGUAAUUUGACAUACCAACCAGCAAUUAGCGCGGCUACAGAGUCUAAUAUUAUGUAACGAUGAUUUAUGUACGUGAAACAGAUGAAGUACGCUAGAAAAGCAACCUUAACUAUUGAAAAGCAAAAAAAAAAAAAAGGAAAUAAAACACAUAUUAAAACUAA